AUGGUGACCUCCAACGGCGUACCCGCCAAAACGAAUGGCAACUUCCUCUUCACCUCGGAGUCUGUGGGCGAGGGGCACCCCGACAAGAUCGCUGACCAGGUUUCCGACGCAAUCCUCGAUGCCUGCCUCGCAGGUGACCCACUGUCGAAGGUUGCAUGCGAGACGGCCACGAAGACGGGCAUGAUCAUGGUGUUCGGCGAGAUCACGACAAAGACGAAGAUCGAUUACCAGAAGGUCAUUCGUGGGGCGAUCAAGGACAUCGGCUACGAUUCUUCGGACAAGGGCUUCGAUUACAAGACUUGCAAUGUGCUGGUGGCCAUUGAGGAGCAGAGCGCGGAUAUCGCUCAGGGUCUGCACUACGAGGAGGCGUUGGAGAAGCUGGGCGCUGGUGACCAGGGUAUCAUGUUCGGAUAUGCUACGGAUGAGACCCCGGAGUACUUGCCAUUGACGAUUCAGCUCGCGCACAAGCUGAACAAGGCUAUGAGCGAUGCUCGUCGGGAUGGCAGCUUGGCGUGGCUCAGGCCCGAUACCAAGACACAGGUCACUGUGGAGUACGAGCAUGACAACGGUGCUGUUGUGCCGAAGCGGGUGGACACCGUGGUCGUGAGCGCGCAGCACAGCGAGGACAUCACCACCGAGCAGCUGCGGAAGGAGAUCAAGGAGAAGAUCAUCAAGAAGGUCAUUCCGGAGAAGUACCUUGAUGACAAGACUACCUACCACAUCCAACCCUCCGGCCUCUUCAUCAUCGGCGGUCCACAAGGUGACGCCGGUCUCACCGGUCGCAAAAUCAUCGUCGACACCUACGGCGGCUGGGGCGCCCACGGCGGUGGCGCCUUCUCCGGCAAAGACUACAGCAAAGUCGACCGCAGCGCCGCCUACCUCGCGCGCUGGAUCGCCAAAUCUCUCGUGCACGCCAAGCUCGCCCGCCGCGCCCUCGUGCAGCUCUCCUACGCCAUCGGUGUGGCGGAGCCGCUAUCGCUGUUCGUCGAGACCUACGGCACCUCGGACAAGAGUUCCGACGAGCUGGUGCAGAUCAUCCGCAACAACUUCGACAUGCGACCCGGUGUCAUUGUCAAGGAGCUGGAUCUGAUCAAGCCGAUUUACUGCACGACGGCGAAGAACGGGCAUUUCACCAACCCCGACUUCACGUGGGAGAAGCCGAAGACGCUUAAGUUUUAG